CUAAACAACAGUAAGCACCGAAGCACCUCUUCCACCAUUGAACCGCAGGGACUUUCCAUAGCCUCGAGUUGUGGUGCAAGCGCAGCCCCUUACUCUAAUUCUCAGAAAAACUGCCGGCUGAUGUCAGAGACAGCGCAGGAGAUAUCUCUUUGCUUUGUCUUUUUAAAUGACAUCAAUGACAUUUCAGACGACCCAGGAAGAGAUGUACCUUGUCCUGUCAUUUAGAGCUACAUAGAGAAAUGGGGGUUUAAAAGCCAUUUCCGGGAAGUAUGAAGGGGAAAUCCGCGGCUGUUAAUUUCCAAAUAAUGUUUUGAAGAAAUGGCUUCAUUCGGUUACAGAGUAGGGACACAGUCAACAGGUAGAACUUUAGAAGACGCAUUCAUGAGCACGAACUGAGCACAGAAUCUAGGCUACUUCUUUUUCAGACUUUAUCGAAUGUCAUGGCGUCAAGAAAAGACAUCACUAAAGAUGUUUCAUCUACGCCAGAUGAAAAUGAAUAUCCAUCCGGGUUCCCUCAAAGUAUUUGCGACCAAACUCCUCAUGAGAAAUACUUAUGUAGCAACUGCAACAGCGUCCUUAAUAAAGCCCGUCAAACUGCCUGCGGCCACCGUUACUGCCUGGCCUGCGUCAACUGGCUAGUCAGGUACAACAAAGCCCCUGUGUGUCAGAAGUGUAAAGAGGGGGACCCAAACGCAGAGAGUGAUGCAAGCAUACUGACCCUGGAUAAUUCCUUCAGCGACGCGGCCAUCACCAAGGAGAUCCUCAAUCUGAAGGUGCACUGUGCCAACCACGGCUGCCCAUGGAGGGGUAUUCUCAGGGACUUUGAGGAGCAUCAGAGUCAGUGUGAGUAUGCUCUGAUCCCGUGUAACGUGGGCUGCGGACACAUGGUGCUGAGGAAGGCUCUGGUCUCACACCUGGAGAAGGGCUGCCCCAAAAACACCUCCACCUGCCCCGCCUGCGCCCAAACACUCACCCUAGCUGAGCUUACGAUGCAUAAUUGCCACCGACAAGGCGACAAGAAGCCUUCGGCCAGGGAGAAGAGGCAGAAGAAUGGUAAGAAUGCAGGCCCCAAGGAUAAAGACUCCUGCAUCUUCUCUGACGUCGGAUGCACAUUCAAGGGGAGCGCAGAGAAGAUAUGCGAGCAUGAGAACAGCAGUCACGCCCCCCACCUCCAGCUCCUCCUGCAGACCGUGCGUGACCUCCCCCCCUCCACCUCCAGACACCCCCAGCCCCUCCCCGCUCACCUCUCCAGCCCUGGGGGGGGCAGCUUGGAGGCGGAUGGUGGGUGUGGUGGCGGCGGGGCUGGGGAUCAGGAGGAGAUGUCUCUGGCCCACAGCCUGCGGGAGGACCAGGCGGCCGUGAUCAUGGGCCGGCAGCUAGACGCGCUCCAGGAGAGGGUGCAGGUGUUCGAGAACAUCAUCUUCGUGCUCAACCGCGAGGUGGAGAAGGUUCAGCAGUCCAUGGCCGCCAUGGAGCGCGACGGCCAGAGCACCCAGGAUAUCAGGAGGGUCCUGGAGGCUAAGAUUGCGGAGCAGCAGCAGCGUCUUGCGAUGAAAGAGGGCCUUGUGAGCGCCCUCCAGCAACGGGUGAGUGCACUGCAGGAGGUCUCGUACGACGGCACCUUCCUCUGGAGGGUCCCAGACAUCAACCUGAAGCUCCAGGAGGCUGCCUCGGGCCAGAGGAGCAGCCUUUACUCUCCAGCGUUCUACACAUCCAGGUACGGCUUUAAGGUGUGUCUGCGCCUCUACCUGAACGGGGACGGCGUGGGGAAGGGGACACACAUCUCUCUGUUCUUCGUCAUCAUGAGGGGAGAGUAUGACGCCCUGCUCACCUGGCCCUUCAGACACAAGGUCACCUUCUUCCUCCUAGACCAGAACCAGAGAGAGAACGUUCUGGACGUGUUUCGACCGGAUCUUACCUCCGCCUCCUUCCAGCGGCCGGUUUCGGACAUGAAUGUGGCUAGUGGAUGCCCGCGCUUCUGCCAACUGGGCAAGCUGUCCUCACCCAAACACGCCUACUGCAAGGGCAACACACUCUUCAUCAAAUGCCUGGUGGACACCUCCUCCUAAGUCGUGGACCAGACGCAGAUCACCACUGACUUCAGAACAGAUCUGGCCUGGUGGACUCCUCUUCCUAAGUCUGGGAAUGGCCAGAACCAGACACCCAACACCACUGACUCCAGAACAGAUUUGGCCCUGGUUUCAGAACCCAGAACUCAGAACCACACCAAACGACAUGUCUCCUUAAAGCUAGUAUUGUGCUACAUUGUUAGAUGAGGAAACGACUAUCAAAAGAUGAUCAAAUGACUGUCAUUUUUUAUUUUAGUUAUUAGCUAUUUUAGUUAGGAUGAUCAAAGAUGAGCUUUUGGGAACCCAAAUCUGUUCAAAAGUCACACCAGGAAGUCCUUAAAUUCCUUAAACUAUACUUAUGUUCAUUUCAGUGUUCUGUGAAGCUGGGCCACACUCCGUAAUGUGUCUCUCAAUGAUCCUUUCAUUUCAGAAGAGACUCUCUUCAUUUCCUUUGAAUAUGUUGAUCAAUGUAGAAGUAUUUGAAAUAUUCCUGUAGAAAUCACCUAAAAGCUGAAGGGUUUCUGUUUCAUAGUGUCAGCAGCUAUCUUGGCGCUUCCAUGGGAAUUUCUGACAGAAUGUAAUAGACUUUUACUUUCUUUGUGAUAUUACAUGUGAUAUUAAAUGUAGGCCUAUUACACAUUUAUAGAAAUGGUAAUGUAUGUCUGAUGUCAAAUUUUUUACUUUUUGUGUUAUUUAUUUAAUGGCUCAAAGGCAGAAGAUAAUACUGUAAAAUGACUCAGUCUUGAACCAGUUGUGGGCAUGUUUAUUUCCAAAUAAAAUAUAAAUAAUG